UGGGAAAGAUCUAUGCAAAUCUCGCGCGACGUUACAAAGUAUUCUACAUAUACGACGUAGCAAAAAAAGUUAAAUUUAUACUGUGUCUCAAGUGUUUAUGAGUACUGAUGUAUUGUAAAUAAAAAUAUUUGUGAUAAAAAAAAUUAAACAAGGCACUUCAAAUUACUUUGCAAUUCGUGACGGUCUAUGACAAUUUUUCGUCUACUUCCGAAAUGUGUUCGUGUAACCUUGACACAAAAAUAUCACUCAUACACCCAACGUUCGGUAACUCAAAGCGGGAUGACGCUCGCCUACUACACUGGAACACAUGCGUGCCAUAUAAAUGUGUACUCCAUGGACUGCUCCUAAUGCUCACAUUUUUCGUUAGUGUUCGUAGCUUUACUCCCGCCUUUUCCAAAGAUCUAGUUUGCCAGAUCAUCACUUCAAAUCAAUAUGCCUGCGAACGUCAUACGGUGCACACUGCAGAUGGCUAUGAGCUCACACUUCAUCGCAUUCCAUCGAAAAAUUAUACACAACGCCACUAUCAUCGACCCCUUAUUCUCAUGCAUGGACUGAUUGGCUCUGCCUCGGAUUUUGUGCUACCUGGUCGCGCUCGUUCUCUCGGUUGUAUUCUACACGAACAGGGCUACGAUGUGUGGUUGCCUAAUGCUCGCGGCACCACUUACUCCAAACGACAUUUACAUAUGGAUUCGUCUAGGGCAAGCUUUUGGAAUUUCACCUGGCACGAGAUUGGCUAUUUUGAUUUGCCAGCCAUUGUGGAUUAUGUGCUCGAGACGACAGGUCAUCAGCAGGUACACUAUGUAGCACAUUCUCAAGGAUCUACUAUAUUCUUCGUGCUGCUCUCUGAGAGACCGGAAUAUAAUGAAAAAUUUGUAUCAGCUGCGCUUCUGGCACCGGUGGCGUUUUUAGCAAAUUUACGUAGUCCACCGUUAAGGAUAAUGGCAGCCGAAGAUGAAAAAAUCGAGGUGCUCCUAAAUCAUUUGGGAUUACACGAACUUUUUCCAUCGACCGCUCUAAAUCAACUGGGUGGGCACUUACUCUGCGGACAAGCUGCGCCCACACAGAAUCUCUGCCUGCUGCUUACCUUUCUCUCAGUGGGAUUCAGCGACUACGAAAUGGAUCGCAAUCUUUUUCCUCGCAUUUUUGAGACGACUCCGGCUGGUAUAUCGCGCAAACAAUUUCAACACUUUGGUCAACUUAUUAAGUCAGGCAAAUUCCAGCAAUAUGAUUACAAUUCGAAAAGUGAAAACAUGCGCCAUUACAAAAGCAAAACACCACCGCAAUAUAAUCUACGAAACGUCCGCGUUCCACUGCACCUAUUUUUUGGCACACGUGAUUUACUUAUGACCAAAGAGGACGUCUUGCGUCUCACCAGGAAGCUGCAGAAUUCGAACUAUACUUUACAUGAACUACGCGGCUUCAAUCACAUAGAUCUUUUAUACUCAACAGUUGCGCCGCGACUUAUUUACAAGCAGAUUAUUAAUGAUUUAAAGCACUCAUAUUCCUAAAAAUUCACUAAUGUUUUUUGUAAAAUGAAACAAAGAAUCAGAUCUUACUGCCAUUGAGCUGUGGUACGUUAUGUAGAUUUCAGUAAGCUAAAAACUUGAUUUAACUGCCUAGUCGUAAUUUAAUUGUAAUGAAA